CACUCUGAGGGAGAGAGAGGGAGAGAGAGCAUGCGGUGUGUCUCUUCCUCUGCACAUCACUUUGGCAAUUUGCGCUCAUGUAGUCCUGCGCAGCGCGGAGCUCACCUGCCGGGGCUGUUUGGCUGUGAGCAACUGAUUUAAAAAAGAAACAGAAAAAAGGAUAACCACACUCACUGCCUCCUGGUUGUUGCCCUCCCAUCCACCAAUCCUCUCAUUUCUGAUCCAGAUUUCUUCAUUUCUCCUGCUGUUGGAAAGUCUUUCUGUCCUCCGACUUGUGCCAGUCGACUCUGGCAAUAUGUGAUUUUGGGGAUAGACGCUGCGCUUUUUCUUUUUUGGAGACUAUUUCACUACUGGGAUUCCCUUUUUUGUUUCAAACGCCACCGCUUCACUCUGUGGUAUAACAUCAGAUCGUGAUAAAGCGUGAUGGUGCGGGGCUAUCAGGACUGACGGCAGAGUGUACGCUAUCAUUGGGGAAACUGCGCGUAGGACUGGUAAAAAAUGAAAGCUCCCAUUCCUCUCCUGAUCCUGCUUCACGCCGUUGUGGUCCAUUGCCUGAAAGUGGUGUCGAAAAGAGGCUCAGUGGAGGGCUGCACGGACUGGUCAGUGGACUACCUGAAAUACAAGGUGCUUCUGGGGGAACCUGUACGGAUUAAGUGCGCUUUAUUCUAUGGAUAUAUCCGGGCCAACUACACCCAUGCACAGAGCGCAGGGCUCAGCCUUAUGUGGUACAAAAGCGCAGGACACGGGGACUUUGAAGAACCCAUCAGUUUCGAUGGCACGAGGAUGAGCAAGGAGGAGGACGCCAUUUGGUUUCGACCAGCGGAGUUGGAUGACGUGGGCUACUACUCCUGCGUAUUAAGGAACUCGACGUACUGCAUGAAGGUGUCCAUGUCCCUCACGGUGGCGGAGAACGACACAGACCUCUGCUACAACUCCAAAAUGAGGUUCUUUGAGAAGGCAGAACUGAGCAAAAGCAAAGACAUCCCCUGCCCGGGCAUUGAGGAUUAUACACAGCCGGGAGUGGAGCCUGAGAUUGUGUGGUUCAAGGAAUGCAAGCCAAAGCAGUGGAGACAAACCAUAGAGAGGAGGCGGGACACUCUGUCCAUCAAGGAAGUACGGGAAGACGACAUUGGGAAUUACACCUGUGAACUGCAGCUCGGGAACUUUGUGGUGCGGAGGACUACGGAGCUCUCAGUCACAGCCCCAUUGACAGACAAGCCGCCAAAAAUCCUCUCCCCUUCAGAGAGCCAGAUGAGCGUCAUAGAGAUGGUGACAGGAAGUCCAGUCAACCUGACGUGCCGCGCGUUCUUCGGAUACAGCGGAGACGUCAGCCCGCUCAUCUACUGGAUGAAGGGGGAGAAGUUUAUCGAGGAUCUGGACGAGGAGCGCGUUCAGGAGGGUGACAUCAAGAUAAUCCGGGAGCACCUCGGGGAGCAGGAGGUCUCCAUCUCUCUGACCAUCGACUCUCUGGAGGAGGGCGACUUCGGCAACUACUCCUGCUACGUGGAGAACGGCAACGGACGGAGACAAGCCAACAUCCAGCUCGCCAAGAAAGCCGAGCUGAUGUACACGGUGGAGCUGGCCGGCGGCCUGGGAGCCAUCCUGCUGCUGCUCAUCUGUCUGGUGACGCUGUACAAGUGCUACAGGAUCGAGCUCAUGCUCUUCUACAGGACCCACUUCGGCAGCGAGGAUAUAGACGGAGAUAACAAGGACUACGACGCCUACCUGUCCUACACUAAAGUGGACCCGGACCAGUGGAGCCAGGAGACGCGCGAGGAGGAGCGCUUUGCCCUGGAGAUCCUCCCCGACGUGCUGGAGAAGCAUUAUGGGUAUAAACUCUUCAUUCCAGACAGGGACUUGAUCCCCACAGGAAGUUUCACCAAUGAUCAUUUCCAGGAUGACACAAGACUACUUAGAGCCUACAUCGAGGACGUAGCACGCUGUGUGGACCAGAGCAAGCGCCUCAUCAUUGUCAUGACGCCCAGCUAUGUGGUGCGGAGGGGGUGGAGCAUUUUUGAGCUGGAGACGCGGCUGCGCAACAUGUUGGUGACCGGCGAGAUCAAGGUCAUCCUGAUCGAGUGCGCCGAGCUGCGCGGCAUCAUGAACUACCAGGAGGUGGAGGCCCUGAAACACACCAUCAAGAUGCUGACGGUCAUCAAGUGGCGCGGGCCGUCCAGCAACAAGCUCAACUCCAAGUUCUGGAAGCAGCUCCUCUACGAGAUGCCCUUCAAGCACAUGGAGCCCCUGAGCAUCUCCCACGAGCAGGUGCUGGAUGUCAGCGAGCAGGGCCCCUUCGGCGAGCUCCAGACCGUCUCGGCCAUCUCCAUGGCAGCAGCCACCUCUACCGCCAUGGCGACGGCACACCCGGACUUGCGCUCGACCUUCCACAACUCAUGCCACACUCAGAUGAGGCAGAAACACUAUUACCGUAGCUACGACUACGACAUGCCGCCCGGGGGCACGCUCCCACCACUCUCCACGCUAGGCAACCAGCACACCUACUGCAACAUCCCCAUGACACUCAUCAACGGACAGCGGCCGCAGUCCAAGUCGCCGCGGCAGCAGAGUCUGGAGGAGGCCCACGGCAACAACGCCAUGCUGCCGCUGCUGCCCAGAGAGACCAGUAUAUCCAGCGUCAUCUGGUGACAGAGACGGGCGGGGUGGACUGCGGACGUGUGCGAUGUCCAACUCGAGAAGGACUCACCACUGGCACUUGGGCCCUGAACGCACCAGAGCCAGAUGAACCCGAAUGGCACUAAGCUACUUGCUGCUGUUGAAUUUGCACCAGGAAACCACAGGGGGAGGAGGAGGACAGGGUGUCAGACACACUGGACGAGUCUGUGACCUGGAUGGUGGCAGAUGUUUCUUUUUGUUUUUGGUCUAAUAAGAGCUUUUAUUGAAACUGAAUAAGAAAAAAGAAGCAAGGAGAACUUUUUUCUAUGCCUGUAUAAACACUCACGUAACACAAGCCAACACCUACGAUCAUUUACCCAGAGAGUCAAGGAAUACAGGGUCCUGUACAUACGUUUUUCUAAUUCUUUGUAGCAUCAGUGUUUGGGACUUGUUUCUUCUUUUAUGUUUUAUUUUUUCAUUUCCUUUCUUUCGGUUUGUACAAAAGUGAAGCAAUGGCCUGUGAGAUGUGUCGGUUGAACCAGUGUUACCUUUAUCUUGAUUUGUCGGCUGGUGUAGUUUCUAAAGCUUCUAGGUUUAUCGGAGGGGGAGGGGGUAGAGGGCGGGAAGGGUGAAAGUUCGCAGCCUCUGUGAGAUGAGAGCGAUCCUGUUUCCUCAGGGUUGAAAAUCUGACGUGGACUCAAUCAGAAUAUGCAAAACACGGAGUCCAGGGAGGCGGGAGAAGAUGGGUUUCCUAAAUAUCGAUUGUAAUCGAGUGAUUUUCUUGGAAAAGUCAUAUCUGCGAACGGGGAUAUGAAGAACAUGGUGCUAGGCUUCACAUCUCUCUGUUUCUCUCACGAUAACAUUUACUUUUAAAACAAAACAACAAAAAAACAACCUUGCUAUUUACCUUAACAGAUGAUUAUAUCACAGAAAGUGAAUUAUGUGUAUUAUUUUAUGAAAAAAAGAAAAGUCUAUUUUUGUAACGGAGGGAUAUUUGCUUAGAGAAGUUAUAAAGAUUCAGAAAGAGCGAAUUGAGUAAACACACACACACACACAAAAGAGCAGGUCACGGAAAUCGAUGGGUCGUUCACUAAAUGUCUUAUAUUUCAAGAGAAGAAAAAAAGUUUGUUUGUGUUUUCAUCGUUAGAAAGAGAAGUUUUGACAUUUCCAACAGUAGACGGCAGCUCAGCAGGCGUUUUACCUUCAUUGAUUUUACCGCCAUUGCAGCGAUUCCCGGGUUGAUUCAACAAGGACGGGGCUCCGCUGGACCCCGUCGAUGAUGUCAGUGCAGACGGAGGAGAGGAGAGCCAUGACGACCAGCGACACCCGAGACAUUCACCGUACCCGGUUUCCUCUGUCGGACCAAACAAGGCUGUCCAGGGCUAAACUGUUAUCUCUUGUUAUUCAUUUCCUCUCUUAUGACAGCUCUGUUGUUUGUGUGCCAUCCCCCUUUGUCGACGGAAAUGAUUUGUCUGUGGAGUAACCAGCUCUCAGAUGAGUAAAAUAGGGCUUUUAAUCUUGGUUCUGUCUCCUUUCGGCCUCGGUGGCCUGGCACUGCUGCGGUGACGGGAUGUAGGGAUACAAAUACAAAAAAAACACUGAUGAGUUUUAUUCCAAAAUAUGUUUGGAAACAUCCAUGAACACUUAAUAAUAGAUGUCAAAUGUUACGUUAUCAGUGUAGAAAAUGACAUUAUAACCAAUAAUCCCGACCAAUUCUCUUCAAAAAGCUUUUAGAAUGAAAGCCUUCUAAAAAUGAGAUGUAAUCAAUGCUUUCGAGGGGGCGGUAGUGUAUUUCAAAAUGGAAAUGACAUCCUGGAGUACAUACAACUAUACAAUAAAAAAAAAAAUACUAGUUAAAGCAAGUUAGACCAAAGUGGCAGUGAACCAUCCUCACUCACUGUUCCUCGGAGCCGAGUGAUUUCAUCGAUUAUCAUGUGAAAAAAAAAAAAGAGCUACUCCCAUAAAAACUCUGGACUUUACUUCUCCUGCAGCUGUGCCAUAUCAUGUCUUUUUCAUUUUCCAGGAACUAACGUCAGACUAAAACACCGGACACAUCUCCGAACGCAGAUGUUUCAUUCAGUGCCAUAAAAUAUGCAAAGGGUUGAACUUGUAAACAGUCCAGAAGAAGGACACCCCCCCCCCUUUAGCUCCCUGCACUCUUCACUUUUUCCUUUUACAGAAUAUAUCAGAACAGGCCUGGGUUUGCGGAAGGCGGACUCUUGAUUCCUCUUUAUUUCAAACCAGUAGAUUCUAUCCAGGCCUGUUUGCAUCCAACUCAAUCAGACCUCCCCCCCCCCCCCUGAUUAUGGCAUUGUGUAAAUAUAAUCAAGACGAUAGCGGGAUUGAGAUGAAGACAAUCGAGCCAUAUUCAUGGAACCAGUGGUCAGUAUUCACAAAGCCUCCCGAAGCAAAACUACUAAUCCUGACUUGAGGUCAGGGCGAAGAAUCGAUGACACGUGCUCCUCCUGCUUUGAGAGGCUGUGUGAAUACAAGUGGGGGGGGGGGCGAUACACAUUUCAGUUUCAUGAGGAAAUUGAACAUUUCUGGCAACGUGGCUUUCGGUGGUGAAGACGACGAUGAAUAACAACGACAAUAUAUAGCACAGAAUUAUUCCAGGCACUUUCACGACUCUUGAGACGACGUCUCUCCUGUUUCUGAUUUAUUUUCUAAUAUGUAUCUGCAAUGUUCAUUAAAAGAGAUACUGUUAUUAUUAAUAAAACCACAUUUAUGGUAA